AUGUUUGAUAGCCGGGCAGUAGUGGAGUGCGCGGUCGCGGAUUUGCAAGACGUGGUGUGGUCUCCCAAUUCCUUCGACCAGCUCCAGAUUCCCAAGGACACCAAACACCUCCUAGUAUCUGUAGCCAGCUCUCGCUUACGCUCUCGUAAUGAGCCUACCUUUGAUGACUUCCUAGCGCGGGAAGGACGUGGGCUCAAUGUCCUCCUGUAUGGUCAACCGGGCGUGGGAAAGACAUUCACUGUCAAGGCAACAUCUGAACGCUUUGGCAUCCCCCUCUAUUCGAUCUCGGCGGGGGAAUUGAUCGCCGACCAUGGUGACCCUCUUCAGCUUGACCAGGCCCUGGGUCGAAUCGUCAGGAUUGCUCAUCAUUUUAAUGCGAUGCUGCUUCUCGACGAAGCCGAUGUGUUUAUGGAAUCACGGUCUGCGUCUAACGCAUCUUACAAUCGCCUAGUGACGAUCUUCCUUCGCAAGCUGGAGUAUUAUGAGGGAAUCCUUAAUAUUUCCUCGGCGGUUGUUUCCUAGUCAUUCAGUGAUCACGGGACCCAAACUGACCGUAUUCGGUUUCACUUCAACAGCUCUCGGAGCCUCGGGGAAUAACUCACCACAACCGUCAGGAGCUCGACC